UUACGUUCGUUAAUCGUAAAUCAAUUGUAAAUAAUUGAUUAGAUCAAACAGCUGACGUACAAAUUGCAAUUGCAAUUUAUAGUCGAUUUCUCCUAUGAAAGUAAUCUGUUGAGAUGACUGUAGGAUGGAACAGAUCAGUAAAUAAGUGAGCAUUAGUUAUUGUCAAAGUGAAAAAUGGACAGUUAUAUGAAAGCAUUGAUGCCCAAGGUGGAGAAGUUGUUCAAAGCCCUUCUUCAACCUGAAUUCCAAGUAAAAAGUGAAUAUUAUUUAAGUAACUUAUUGUCACAUCUCUCUGGAAAAGAAAAUCCUGAUUUGGGUAUAGCUUUACUAAAAUUGCCUAUUGUUAAGACAUGGGUAUCACGAGCAGUGUCACACUGGCAAUUUAGUGAUAAACCAUCAUCAGCAUUAUUGUCCUUCACUCUAAAUCUAACAGCCCUGCUAUCAAAGCAAGAAAGUGAUUUCAUUGAUUUAAAGUUAAACAAUACAUAUGAGAGGUUAUUUAAACUGUGUGAAUUAAGUCAUCGUAAUAACAGCAUAACACCUUCCAUGAAAUUGGCUUAUAUUAAGGUCAUAAACUCAUGUCUGGAUCACAGGUCAGGUAUUGAUUGGGUUCUGGCCACUGAAUGUUGGAUGCACUGCCUGACAAUCUCAUUGGCCACUGACACAAUAUACAUUGUUAGGGAGGGCCAAGAGUUUAUCUACAAGUUAUUAAAGGCGACUAUAUCUGUAGAUGAGCAAAUCGUCCAUUCAAUAGUGGACGCGAUUUUAUCGAGACUGCAAAAAGCCCUUACUAAGGAAUGCGCAACAUUUGUCCAAGUGGAGGAUGAAUUGCUUGUUGCCAAUUUGAGGCCGAUAGUGAAGUUACUAGUGCGUCUUCAGCAACUAAUCAUUGAUGAUGCCUUAUUCAAAUGCGGCGACUUCAGAAUACCAAGAAUUUUUAUCAGUAAAAACUUGGAGAACGCUAUUAGCGGUAUAAUUAUCUUGGCUAGGAACAGGGACUUCUUAUAUGAAUUGUACAACAUUAUCUUUCACAUCUACUUUUUUGAGCUAUACAUUAAGACGACUACCGAGAAGUUUGCUCAGCAGGACGUAACCGAAUUGAAGCAAAAGAUACUCAAUAUUAUGAGUAGCUUGAUUAAUCAGUCUGAGAUACCUAAUGUUGUGAGAUUAAGCCAUUUAGGACAUGAACGAUGGAAUUUGCUAAGGGAUCGUUUGCCUCCAAUGGAGAAACGCACCAACAACAGAGCCCCAUUUAACUUCCAAAACGAAUUGGUCAUUUUUCAAACACUACCCAUCUUCAGUGUUUGUUUUGUACACUACAAGUUCACCUAUUCGGAUUUGGAAAACGAUGAUAUCAGAGACGACUUUUUCAACAAAAUCGUCAGUAUGAUGAGCGAGCCGUCAUUGCGUCUGGCUUAUAAUUGGAGGAAUAAAGUAACGUCGCAAGUGGAAGCAUUCGACAAUGGCAAGUUGGCGAUAAUGUUGUCGCUGCAGUCUUUACCUUACUUCACCAAAGAAGGUGCGAUCGCGACAUUCCAGAUUCUUGUGUAUAAUGCAAACGAUCUCGUGAAGGCGAUAAACAAGAACUUCAUCAGUGGUGAAACAAUUAACAAAAAUGUGGGCUAUUUUAUCGCACUCCUGGAUGCAAUGGGAACGUUCAUAAACAAAUUCGACAUCACGUGGCGCGACAGCGUUGAGACCAUUUGCGUCACGAGUUGCAUUUUGGAAUUGCUCAAAUGUAAUUGUUUGUCACCAAGGGUGGUGGUGGAAGCUUUGAAGUUAGUCAAACUAUCUAUUGCUAGAUUCCUGUCGCCCAAUUUGGUAUUGUUGGUUGAAAUUAAAGAUGACACAACGAUGACCGCUCUUGGUACAAUGAUAUGCGCUAAACUAUACGAUAUUGAAUGGGAAGUCCGCGAUUCUGCACUGGAACUCGUGCACACUAUAGCAAACAUUUCAAAUACUAAAUAUCCUUCAUAUCAGGGCAUGUUGAUAAAUAUGGAAAUUGUUCAACUAACACUUACUAUGUCCUGUUCGGAUAGCGAGGCCUUUGUUAGAGCAUCAGCAAUCAAAUGUCUACAAGAGAUGAUCCAAGUGAAAGCAAUUUGGACUAAUAUCUUAGUUAACGAAGAUCUACCUAAUAAGAUGAUAUAUAUAUUGAGAAACGAGUCUGAGGGCAUUGUAAGAACACAGGCCUCUGCAUUGAUGCGUUAUAUCUUCGAAUACCAAUCGUUUCCAUCCGAACAGAUGGACGACAUUUACGAAGCUAUGUGCGCCGCCGUCACCAAAGACCUUCAUUGGGAAGUCAAGACGAACGCGCUCGACUUCUGGGCUAAGGUAAUCCUGAACCACCUGCAGGAUCAAGGUUUUAUAGAUGGCAAAUUUCCGACUGUGACAUUCUCCAAGGAAAACCGGAAAAUAGUUACACUCACUGACAAAGAAGUUAAAACUAGACUGCAGAAAGUUUUGCACAAACUUAGCCUAAAUGGAUGCUUGGGCGCGUUCGUAAGUGCAUUUAACGAUGACUGUGAUUUGGAAGUAGUAAAGAAAUCUCUGGCGAAGACGAAGAAGGUGGCCACGAUCCUCAAUAUGUACAAUUUGAAGUCAGACAAUUUCGACGAAGUGGCACCUACAAUGGCUCCUAUUUCUCAACAGGGUAGGCACAAUUUGUCAGAGGCAACGUCCACUUCGUCCACUUUCGAUUUUACUGAUGAAAUUUUGAAUGCAAUCGUAGAGUCAGAUGACUUGAGUUUACUUCAGGAUGUGUUUAACUCAAAGAUAAAUACACCGUCUAGUAACAUCGACGCUAGCACAUCUAAAGUUAUCGUCACGCCUAAAGAAUAUGUCGAUUUCGUUCAGCAAGACUUGGAUCAGAUUCUGCAACAAAAGAUCAUUUGGCGGAAUAAUAUGAAUAACAUCGACUCACUAGUAAAUGAUAUGCUGAAAUCAUAUCUUGAUCAUGAAUCUGGGACUAACCAAUUUAAUAAUUACAUGGAUUGCUAUUAGGCUAGACUUAACUAAACACCAAAUAAUUAGAUUCUUGUUGCUAUACAAAUUAGGCAGGUGAUAAAAUUUGUAACAGUACAAUAUUUACAGUAAGUUUUUAUUU